ACGCGUUUACCCGUCCACAUAUGCGAUCAUGAUACGCGGAUACGGUGAUCGGAUCGUGCAAAUAAUACAUGUCUAGACCCGGCUUAAUGAUUUUUUUUUGUUUUGUUACAGGUAUUUAAUUACAGGAGCUUCUUUUAAGUCUUUAGCUUUUAGCUAUCGUAUGGGAUUCACUACCGUGCGUAAUAUAGUCCACGAAACCUGUAAAGCAAUAUUUACUGUAUUAAGGUCGACUGCAUUGCCGAAACCCACGAGCCAACAAUGGCAGUCAAUUGCAACCGACUUUGAUAAAUUUUGGAAUUUUCCUAACUGCAUUGGGGCAAUAGAUGAUGUCGGAGCAUAUGGUCGAAAUAGCGAUGGCGGUAUACUCCAAAGCUCUAAAUUUGGUUCGAAACUACGUAAUGGGUUUUUAUGCAUACCACCGGAAAAGGCUUUACCACAUUCAACUCAAAAAUUACCCCACGUAUUUGUCGCCGAUGAAGCCUUUCCACUAACAGAAAAUAUUAUGAGACCAUACCCCUCACAUCUUUUAAAUGAUGAAAAAAAAGGAUAUUCAAUUAUCGCUUAAGUAGAGCACGGCGUAUUGUAGAAAAUGCUUUUGGGAUGUUACAAGAAAGAUUUGAAUUAUUUCAAAAAGGUAUAAAAGUUCAACCAAAGUACAUUAACAACAUCAUACUAGCAAGCACGUGUUUGCAUAACUUUAUCAUUGAUGGUCAUUCUAUGGAGGCGCUUAGCUCUAAUACUAAUAAUGCAAUCGAUAGAACCAAUGAUACAGUGUUCAACAAUCUCGAAGGGAUGGUUGUAAGAGAUUGUUUCACGGAAUAUUUUUCUAAUGUUGGUAACGUGUACUGGCAAAAUAAAAUUGUUAAUAGAUGUUAGCUUCUAUUUUUGACAAUAAAUAAGUAAAAAAUAA